CUAAAAAGAACCCAAAAGACACGAGACCUCUUUCCCAGAAGAGUCUUUUUCUCUCCCAAAAAUUCUUCACCUCUCUUUCAGAAAUUGAAAAUGGAGGAGACCACUAACGACAUUUCUCCCAAUGGGAAAACAUCGAGAUUAAUUAACGCAUACGCUGCACAGUGUGCAAAAUGCAACAACUGGAGAUUCAUUCAAUCGCAAGAAGAGUAUACAAACAUCAGAAGUGAAUCAGUGAACAAGUCUUUUGAAUGCAACAACUGUGAAGAACCUGAAGUUGACGUUUUAUGUAAUUGGUCAAGUAUUAGUUGCUUACUACGUGGUUCUUAUCCAUUCAUACUGAAAAGGGAUAUAAGAUCAUCAAGGGAUGUAUUACCCAUUCAAAAUGGUGAUGGAACUCUCUCAACAAAAAAGAGAAAAGGCGUUAUGAGAGAGGAGACUACAGAGAUGAAGAAACAUCCUAACGGCCGGAACAUGGAGAAGGAUUAUGGUACUAAGAAACUAAUAGAACCAGUGAUCAUUAAAGAAAUUGAAAAUGUGAAAUUAGAUGGAAAAGUGGCUGUACUAAACAGAAAGGUAAGCAUAUACUAUACUGGGAGGUUAAAAGCCAGUGGGAAAUUGUUUGACUCCAACCUGGGAGACGCUCCAUUAAGAUUUCGUUUAGGUGGAGAAAAAGUCAUAAAAGGUCUCAGCAUUGGUAUUGAAGGGAUGCGUGUUGGUGAUAAGAGAAGACUCAUAAUUCCACCGUCCCUCGGGUAUUCAGAAGAGGGUCUGAUGGAAUCUGUGCCUAAAAAUGCGUGGUUAGUGUAUGAAGUGGAGGCAGUAAGAGUCAGAUGAGUUUUUGACGUCUUGAGACAAGUUUGCUUCAAGUUACUUAUCUCCAUGGAAAAGUGUGUUGUUGGCUACCUCUUGCUUCGAGUUUUUUUGAUAUUUUUCUUUUGGAUUUUUUAGCAUUUCAAAUAACUGAAAACUCUCUUCGUUGUUUUAAGUUUGUCACUCGGUUAUUGUCAUAUAAUUUAAUUGGUUUGGAGUAAUUUCAAUAAGAUGGA